AUGGACAUGGGCACGCAGGGCUCGGGGCGCAAGCGGCUCCCCAACCGGGAGCGGCUGACGGCGGAGGACGACGCGCUGAACCAGAUCGCGCGCGAGGCGGAGGCGAGGCUCGCUGCGAAGCGGGCAGCCCGCGCCGAGGCUCGAGAGAUCCGAAUGAAGGAGCUGGAGCGGCAGCAGAAGGAGAUCUAUCAGGUUCAAAAGAAAUAUUAUGGGCUGGAUACAAAAUGGGGUGACAUCGAGCAGUGGAUGGAAGACAGUGAGCGCUAUUCGCGUAGAUCCAGAAGAAACACAUCGGCUUCUGAUGAAGAUGAGCGCAUGUCAGUGGGUAGUCGUGGAAGUCUGAGGUCGCAGCCUGACUUGGAGUAUGGGGGUCCUUAUGCCUGGACAAAUGGUUAUGAUGGAGACUUCUAUGGAUCACAGUCCCUGAGUAGAAGAUCUGGCAGGCCCUCCUAUAUCUACAGCGCUGCCCGGCCUACUGGGAGUUACCGGGUGUCUGUGUUUGAUGAGAGCAACCUGCUCGGCGGGGCUCGGCGGAGCAGUGCCUGCAGUUUCUAUGCUGUGGACUUUCAGAGCAGCCGAGCCCCCGAUUCUUAUCGAGCAUUGCUGAGCGCUCUUACUUCUGUGCUUUCUGCCUCCUGUAGGAACCACCUAGGAGUGGUGGCGUUCGGGAACUUAAGGAAGUCAAACGUCUUCUUGUCCCAGCAGCACAAAUGUCUAAAAUAUGGCCACAUGUCCCUGGCAUCAAGCCAUGCAGAAGAAGUCAAAGACUCUGCUGACCCUGUCCCUUUGUUUCUGUCUGCGUCCCCGUGGCGGCGGCUGUGUGGGCAGCCCUCAGAGCACGGCGGCCACCUCAACUCCAGCUCCCGAACCUCGUCCAGAGCCAGCUCGGCGCGGGCCAGCCCAGUGGUUGAAGAGAGACCAGAAAAAGAUUUCACCGAGAAGGGCUCACGUAGCCUGCCCGGCCUGUCUGCAGCCGCCCUGGCCUCGCUGGGCGGGACCUCUCGGAGGGGAAGUGGGGACACCUCCAUCUCUGUUGACACGGAGGCAUCCAUUAGGGAAAUCAAGGAACUGAAUGAGUUAAAGGACCAGAUUCAGGACGUAGAAGGCAAAUACAUGCGGGGGUUGAAAGAGAUGAAGGACUCAUUAGCAGAAGUUGAAGAGAAGUAUAAGAAGGCUAUGGUUUCCAAUGCUCAGCUGGACAAUGAAAAGACAAACUUCCUGUACCAGGUCGAUACUCUAAAGGACAUGUUGCUGGAGCUUGAAGAGCAGCUGGCUGAGUCCAGGCGGCAGUAUGAUGAGAAAAACAAAGAGUUUGAGAGGGAAAAGCAUGCCCACAGCAUCCUGCAGUUCCAGUUUGCCGAAGUGAAGGAGGCCUUGAAGCAGCGGGAAGAAUUGCUGGAGGAAAUCCGACAGCUACAGCAGAAGCAGGCGAGUUAUAUCAGGGAGAUUUCUGAUCUUCAGGAAACAAUAGAGUGGAAAGACAAGAAGAUAGGGGCUUUAGAGAGGCAGAAAGAGUUCUUUGAUUCCAUAAGGAGUGACCGAGAUGAUCUUAGAGAAGAAGUAGUCAUGCUGAAAGAGGAAUUAAAGAAACAUGGAAUAGUCCUAAAUUCAGAGCUAGCUACCAAUGGAGAGACUUCAGACACUCUAAAUGACGUCGGACACCAACGUCCUUCCAAGAUAACAAAGGAAGAGUUAAACGCCCUCAGGACGCCAGGGGAUGGGACGCUAGAUAUUAGGUUGAAAAAGCUUGUUGAUGAACGGGAAUGCUUAUUGGAACAGAUUAAGAAACUCAAAGGACAGCUGGAAGAGAGACAGAAGAAUGGCAAGCUAGACAACCUGCACCCUGGAAGUGAUGUCUUAGAAAACGGGACAGACAUGCAUGUAAUGGAUCUGCAAAGGGAUGCCAACAGACAGAUCAGCGACCUCAAAUUUAAACUUGCAAAAUCUGAGCAAGAGAUAACCGCAUUAGAACAAAAUGUAAUAAGGUUAGAGAGUCAAGUAUCACGUUAUAAAUCGGCUGCUGAAAAUGCCGAAAAAAUAGAAGAUGAACUUAAGGCCGAAAAACGGAAACUCCAAAGAGAGCUGCGCUGUGCACUGGACAAGACGGAAGAGCUUGAGGUGAGCAACGGCCACUUAGUGAAGCGUCUGGAGAAAAUGAAAGCAAAUAGGAGUGCGCUCUUGUCCCAGCAGUGAGCACCAGGUCUGCACAGGAACCCGGUCGGCGGAUGGAGAGCGUGGUGUCGUGGGCUUGCCUCUGUUACUGUCCGGGAGUGCUGCUAGGUCCCCUGCUUCUAAGAGCGCCCGGUGAGCACUUGGCUCAGCCGCGGCCCCGGCAGCCACCAGAUGCCUCUCUGACUGCGGACCCCCCCCCCACCCCGACCCGGGCUGGGGCCGCCACCCCGAACCCGCGGGUAUUUAACAAGCACACCAGGCCCACGGGAGCUGCGUGUCCCACGGCGCGGCAGCCUCGCGACGCUACUGAACAUGGCAAUCUAGGUAAAGAUUAAAAUGGGACUUGAGUUUUCUUUUCACGUGUCUUGCUGAAAACUGAGGGGACGUGUUACAGUGUCGGGACUUCCUUUGGGGGCAGAAUCUACAAUUUGAGUGACUUCGGUAGUAUCUCUUAGUCUACGCUUUUCAUACACAAAACACUGUGGAACCACAAGCCAUUACCAAGCAAAACUCUUUCACUAGAAACAAGGGGAUGGUCUGGAAGUAAAAGUGACCUUAAGAAGACUCUUUACAGGCAACAAAUGAAGCUUUUCUAAGGGAUUUUUGCAUCAGUUCAACCCUAAGAACACUUUUUUCCGGGGUAAUUAGCCAGGAGCCCCCCUGAAAAUGACAGCUUUUCCAUUCGCACUAUGUAACCCUUCUACUUGGACUUGAAGUUGUGAACUCCUUUUAAAGAAUGUACUAUUAGAACAAUUAAAAAAUGAAAUGCUGAAA